GUUCGUGCGCGUGUGUUUGAUUGCGAAGAAGAAGAAGAAGCACGGCAACCACAACAACAAAAGCAAGCCACCAGGCAACACGCAACCAGCAGCAGCGGCACAGCACGCGUGCAGACACAGCAGUCACACGGCCACAGCCGCACUCACGCACGGGCGACGCAGCCACAACGCAUCCAGAAGACGAAGCAACAUCCAGUAAGUGCAAGUGCAAGUGCAAGUGCAACCAACAAGCAGCUCCGAUCUCUUUCUGCCAGCUGCUCCUGAACGAGUGAAGACGACAAAGAUGCCUGCCAAAGGUCGGCGCUUGAAGGAGUGGGCCUCAGGAUGGCUCGGAGACAAGGCGCGCACAGCGUGCAUCAAAGCCACGGACUCUUGCCCCACCCCACCCAAGCAGAAGCACCUCCGUACGCUGGUUGUGCUGUCGAAGCAACCACAGGUCUCUGUGCCAAGCAUGGUGCACAUUAUCCUGCAACGGGCCAACAACGCUCGCAGCAUGAUGCACUUCCUCAAGUGCGCAAGCGUCUUCCAUUACCUCCUCGGCCGCGCACACCAGACCUUCUUUGCCACAGCGAGCACCAUCCAAGUUGUGUUUGGGGACCAGCUGCCUCUCCAUCCAAGCGAGACGGAAUCAAACGUGGGCGACUUUACCUCGGCCUACAUCAACUACAUCAUGGCCAGAUUACACCACUGCCGCAGCGUUGGGAUUGACGUGUGCUCCUUCAAGUACAAAAUUCCUGGCGAAAUUGAUCUUGGCCGCCUCGACAAACUCAAUGCACACAUCAAGCGCGUCAUGGAGGCGCUGCGUGUGCUGGAGGCGCUCGUUGUCACCACGCGAUCGCUGUCGCUUGUGGCUGUCCGGUCGAACUUCAUGUUGCAGUUCAUUGCGCGUCUGCUCGUUGUUGACGCCCGCUCCAUCCUCGACAAGGUUGCUGACCUCCAGUCAAAUCUCGCAGAAUCGUUCUUUGAACUUCCCAAAGCGGAGGCGCAGGCCUGUCUCGACUCGUACGAGCUGUUCCACACCCUCUGCGGCGGACUCGACGCGUUCUUCAGGCUCUGCCGCGCAGCAGAUAUUGCCAGCAUUCCCGAGGACAUCCAACUGCAAGCGGCGCCUGCCCGUCUGCUGCCGCUGAUGCGCCAACACAUCCGCAACUACUACCAUCGCGUCUCCAGCAAGAAGUCGCCCCGCUCCCCCAGCACGCAGUCGCCCUCCCCCACUGCCGCUGCGUCUGCGAGCAGGGACUUUGACAUGUCGAAGCUCAGCGCCCAAGCCACCCCUUACCGGCCCCUGCCGCUCGAUGAACACACCCACCACCAAGGCUUUGUGAAGAAGGACCCGAGCAACGACAGCGAGAUGCACGCUGCCUUCCGUCGCGUGAACAUGAUCGCCUUUGAUGAGGAGGAGGCGUGAGCCGCGCCCUUAAUUCGCUCCUUCUGCCCGUGUGUCUGCGUGUGUAUGCGUGUUCCUGUGUGUGCAUGUGUGUGUGCCUGUGUCUGUACGUGUAACCUCUUGGCCCUUUCUUCUGUACAUAGCGCGCGUCGUGCCUGUUGUUGUUGGAUCAUGCGUUGUCGCGAUCCAAAUACAAACAAACGUCUUUGAAAC